UCUACCUCAGUUCGGUGUCUGAUGGUGCUGCGGCAUCAAGCGAUGUGCGGAAAGUUGUGAUAGAGGUUAAGUUCGCUCGUGGUCUUUCGUCUCCCGGUGCCGUGUUUUCGAUUUUGCUUUAAGUUUGAAGGAAUGUUCUGUUAAGUGCGUGCCAAACACUAUGGAUUCCCCAUCAAGCGGGGGAAGAGAUUCCCGGUUCAGCAUGGGAUAUAACAUGUCAUUACUCAGCGGCGAUACUGCCAACGAAAUUUAUACUAGUAGUGUUCAUACCCGGCCGUCGACUUCAAUAACCUCUGGAUUACCAAGGUCUUCUCUCACGAAUUGUGGUGCCGGUCUAAAUCGCGGUUUAAAACGGACGAAUUCGGAUUUGUGCUUUGAUUCAGACCCAGUGAGUAGAUCUAACAUACCAAAUAUGACGGGUGAUUGUGGUUCGGACAUAGUGGACGAAAGUUAUUCACCUUCAACCCAGAAAGGGUCGCCACCCUCCAAUGGGAAGAAAACUAAAGGUCGUGUUAAGAUUAAAAUGGAAUACAUUGAGAAUAAACUAAGGAGAUACACUACUUUCUCAAAGCGGAAAACCGGAAUCAUGAAGAAGGCGUACGAGCUGGCGACGCUGACGGGUACCCAGGUGAUGCUGCUGGUGGCCUCGGAGACGGGGCACGUGUACACGUUCGCGACGCGGAAGCUGCAGCCGAUGAUCACCUCGGAGGCCGGGAAAGCGCUCAUCCAGACGUGCCUCAACUCGCCGGACCCGUGCUCCUCUUCGGGCGGCGACCAGCGGAUGUCGGCCACCGGCUUCGAGGAGACGGAGCUCUCCUACAACAUCGGCGACGACGAGCAAAAAGAGGAUUCUGUUUCGCUCCGAUCAGACAGUGACGACUCAAGUAGUUCUGAUUCCCCUACGCCACCCUCCUCUCACGAUGAUGCCUUAGCUGGGUUCCCAUCACUAAGCAGUCAGUUGCGGGCUGCAGCUUGCGCAUCUCUGUUCGAUCGACUGCCAAAUGUGAGCGAUGCAGGGUCAAGCGGUCAAGAAGGAAAAUCUUCUCCCCUCUCGGCGUCAUCAUCCGAGUCCCAGAAGUCACCAUCAAAGUCGUCUUCCACUCAAAACAGUGGCGCUGGUGAUGAAACUUUUGCAGUGAGCUCCUCAGGACUUUUGUAUCCGACUUCACAGGGCAUGCUGUAUGCAUCCCCGUCAAAUAAUAGCGUACUCUUCAGUCUGGACCACAGAGGCCUUCCCACUUCCUCUCACUAUAUUCGAAUCCCGUUGCCUAUCGUCUCUUCACCAUCUGCCUACAAGCCUGCCGACCUCAGUAGCAAGAGCAGAAAAUAAUUCACAGGCAGAUUUCAAGCGCGGAUUUUUUUCGCGAUCAAACAUCUGUCUCCUAUUCUUUUUUUUUCUUUCUUUAAGACUGUUUGUGUAACUAAUCUAUUUUGUACAUUUUACCCUCUUCCUAUUAAGAUUUUGUAAGUCUCUGUACGGAAUCUUGAGGUUUUCUUUUUUUGUUAAAUUCUUAGUUCAAUUUUGAUUGGAAAUAAAUAUAUUACCAUUAACAACGUU